CUGUUCACCACUAAAGCUCAGAGUCUGCUGAUGAUGACGUCUGUGGCCAUGCCCGUCUUCAGCAAGAAGAAGGAAACGCUGUCUCACGGCAUCCUGCUGGGCGUGGUCGGCACAGACAUCCCUCUGAUGGAGGUGAUGAGGCUCGCCCCCAGAUACAUACUGGGUCCUCACGGCUACGCCUUCCUCAUCACCAACAACGGCUACAUCCUGGCUCACCCUGACCUCCGACCUCUGUAUAAAGACGGGAAGAAGCUGAAGCCGAAGCCCAACUACAACAGUGUGGACAUGUCCGAGGUGGAGUGGGAGGACACAGAGGAGACGCUGAGGACGGCGAUGGUGAGAGGAGAGACGGGCAGCAUGAGGCUGAGCGUCAGAGCCUCCGUGGACAAAGCGAAACGUCCUCUGUACCUCGUCAACGAUUACUUCUACACAAACAUCGAUGAAACUCCUUUCAGUUUCUCCAUGGUGCUGACGGGAGGUAACGGGAAGCUGAUGUAUUUUGGAAAUGUGUCUGUGGAGGAAGGACUGCACGACCUGACCUCCCCCGACCUCAGCAUCGCCUCCGAGUGGACGUACUGUGUGACGGACAUCGACCCGAGCUACAUGAAGUUCUCUCAGCUUCAGGCCGCCAUCCGGUACCUUCUGGGGCUCGAGCCGGAUAUGGAGUGUGACGAGAUGUUGCUGCAGCACGUUCUGUUCGACGCGGUGGUGACGGCGCCGAUGGAAGCGUACUGGAACGCUCUGAUGCUCAACGACAAGGUGGAGCCGGGCGUGGAGACGGCGUUCCUCGGGACUCGCUCCGGCCUUUUGAGGCUCACAAGAUACACCGGAGUGGAGAACAGGGUGGCAAAGAAGUUUCUGACGGCAGCUGAUAAAGCCAACCUGUUCACCAUGGAUCACUUCCCGCUGUGGUACCGCCUCGCCGUGGAAAACACUCCCGGAAGCUUCUACUAUUACCCAGUCAACGACAAAGGAGUGAAAUACGCGAUCGCGGUGACGUCAGCGACCAUCUCCUCUGAAGGGAAGACGGCCAUAGCUGGAG